UCCUUCCCCAAUUCCACCUUCUAUCAACAAUUCUGAAGACAUGGCCCAAACUCCCUUCACGCUAUUCAACAUCCCCUUUGGAGUUUUCUCCACGGAGGAAGCGCCCCACCCUCGCUGUGCUACACGGGUUGGCGAGAGGGUGCUUGAUUUGAAGAAGUACGCUGCCGACGGGGGAGCCAAAGAUAUCGAGGGAUUUAUCCCAGGAACCUUUGCUCAGCCAUCCCUCAAUGCGUUCGCACAACUAUCCAGUGCGACCAGGAGUGCUGUAAGGCAACGCAUUAGGGAAGAUGUCCAAGGAAAUCACGUGAAGGAAUCCUGCUUCGUCGAAGCUUCCAGGACAAAAAUGCAUCUUCCAAUGCAUAUUGGAGACUAUUCCGACUUUUACUGCUCAUUAGAGCAUUGCCAAAAUUGCUCGGCCCACCUUUCAAUGCCCCAAAUUCCCAAAAAUUGGUUCUACGCUCCAUCAGUAUACAAUUCGCGUGUCUCGAGUAUACUACCUUCACCUAGCACUUUCAAACGGCCAUCGGGUGUCUACUACAAGACAGGGACCGAAGAGGCUGUCUAUGGCCCCAGCCAAAUGGUGGACUUUGAGUUGGAGAUGGGAUACUUCGUUUCCAAACCUGUCCCCCACGGAGAAACCAUGAAUGUUGAUGACGCCAAGAAACACAUCUUUGGAUUCGUACUUCUGAACGACUGGAGCUCGCGUGACCUGCAAAUGUUCGAGAUGAAACCAUUAGGCCCGUUCCAUGGUAAGGGGUCCGCAACAACUAUAUCACCAUGGAUUGUCACUAUGGAUGCACUGGAAGAGUUCAGCGUACCCGUUAAAACCAUACAAAAUCCUCCGUGCUUUCCCCAUCUCGCGUACGGGGAUAAGGCAAAGGCUGCGCUGAACAUCAAGUUGUUUGCUUAUCUAGAGCGCGCUGGAAAGCGGUUCAAGAUCUCGCAGAGCAAUCUGAGGUAUCUCUAUUGGACACCGUAUCAGCAACUCGCACAUCAUGCUUCCGCAGGAUGUGGCUUGAACACAGGUGACUUGAUGGGAACUGGCACGAUAUCUGGAGAUGCUGUAGAUGCGGAUGGGAAGAAGCUGGAGCUGGGGUGUCUCUAUGAGGCAACAGAGGGUGGUACAAAGUCUGUAAGGCUCCAAGCCGAAGAUGGUGGACAAGCAGAAUUGAGAUACUUGCUUGACGGGGAUGAAGUAGUGUUUGAAGCAUGGUGCGGAGAUAUGAAGCUCGGUUUCGGUGAAUGUAGGGGAAUGCUUGUUGGAUAAUAGACGAAAGGUCGAGGCACGAGAUGCAAUGAAUGCGGAUGGCAAUGGGGUUUACCUCCAAAAGAGAGAGAACAGAGCGCAAUUUACCGGGUGCUUGGUUAUAAUGAAUCAAUUGGUGGGAACACGUAGUGGGCUUAUAGAGCCGUUUCAAAACUG